CCACGAACGGCAGCCACCUCGAAAGGAACAUGGCCGCGCCGGCCUGGCAGACGUCAGAGCUCGCUGAUGAAUGGCCCGACGAGGACGAUGACUGUACCCGCUCAAUAUCGCUCACUGCCCCGCUCGCCACCGUCAUUUCUACUCCUGCCACUGAAAAAGACAAUAACUAUUCUGCUGGCACUUUUGUCGUGCAUGACGCCCUCCCGCCUGCCCGUGCACUGGGAAAGACAAGAGUCAAAGACUUCUUCUCACCGUUGCCUCUCGAGCGCAUGUUUGACCCGCCCUCGCCGCCGCCACAGCCCACAACGAGCUUGGCGCCACCCACCCUACCUAACAAUGCCAGAUUUACAUUUACCGUGCCUAUCCCACCGCCGGCCUUUCAAUCUACACCGAAUCCACCACCUCAGCCUACCGUUACGCGUACUCCAGGCGCACUCAAACUAUUCCACUUCCAAUACGACACUUAUACCCGCGAACAUCUAUCGGCACUUGUCGACUCCAUUGCUCCUUCGCAAUCAUUUCCUUCAUCUGAACCUACGCCGUCGCGCUCAGCAGAUGCAGACGCAGACGAGUUUUCUCGUUUGAGGUCUGCCAAACGCGUCAAGCUCUCCCCACGGAGCGACUACUCUAAGGAGGAGGACAUCAGGAUAUCGCGACCGCGCAUAUAUGGAAAGCAGUAUCUUGGAGAGUCACGAGAGCUUAUGCAGCAGAUCAGAAGUGCUAGGGAUUUCUCAACUGUCUCAACAGUAACAAGUGGCAAAAGCAACCGCUCCUCACCAGCUCCUGUCUCCCGUCCCGGCUACUCUUCCUCCAAAUAUCGUCAAGAUGCUGCCAAUCUCAUGGCUGCUAUACGCGACAAUGUUCAGAGCCCUCCAGAAAGCAAUAAAGCUCCCGGAAAACGUGUCUUUUCGGGAAGCUCAGACGUAGAAGCGAGCUAUUACCACGAUGAACGUACGCCAUCUCAACUACCCACCUCAAGAUCAACAAGUGCAAGCUAUGAUUCAAAUCCGAAUGAGAGAGAAGCCGCCGUGGAAGAAGUGGCGGCGGGAGUAGCGCGUCUUCAAGUCUCGCAACCGCCCUAUCCCUCGCUUCGGUCCGACGACCUCAACCGGUUAGUAUCCUCCUCGACAACAACCGGCUCGACCCUUACGGCUGGAAGCUACGUUAAGCAUGCGGGACCGAGUGAUAAGAAGCAACUGCUGACGAUCCGGCCUACGGAGGUUGCGAUGCCGGCGCGGAUGGGAGACAUGGUCUAUGACCCCAGGCAGAUGCGGUGGGUCAGGCAGGACCAGCAGGGUGACGACCAAAGUAGCAAUGCAGACGUGUUUGGCGAUAUUGAGAGCCUGAGGGAUGGUGACGAGGAGGAACACCACCAAGAAGAGAGAAGAACGGACGUCGAGCUCAGUCGAGUCACAGAGGAGGAAGACGAUGAAGAAGAGAUAGGCCUCACCAGUUUCGAGACUGAUGAGGUCGUGGCUGUGAUGACAGGAGACAUAUCCACGGAUUCAGCAGACGACGACCCUCCUCUUGUCCCCGUCGUUGUUGAGGACGACCCUCCGUCUUCUCCGGAUCCCGACACAUCGGGACGACCAGCCGUUAGGCCUGUACUCAAGAACUACAACUACACAACACCUCUGAGCACACCGGUCACUAAGACUACAAUGCAUCCACGAAGCGUCAGUUUCUCAGACGGAAAACGGGACGGCCAGAUACGAGGGUUGGGUCGAAAUGUCAGUCCCAGUGAGAGCACUGUUUCAGGGUCUGAUAUGCUCGGAUCGAGCUUCCAGUCGAGUCUAAGUCCUGGCAUGAGCACCCGGACUAAAAGAAUCGCAGAUCUGAUGGAAGCUGCACUCCAGAGUCCCCGUUCGACUUCGUGGGUGAGAACCAAGGGUGAGGGAACGUUAAGUUUCAGAGCCCCGGCUACUCUCAAACCCGCCACCUCCGUUAACGCAACCUUCCUCACCGAGUGCUCAUUUGGAGUUGCUCAUGACCGGUUGGUGCAGGUGUUGACGGACGUUGAGCCGUGGCAUCCCCAUUGGGAGACCAUCCGGGGUAUUGACCUCAAAGAACGGGGGCUGGAGAGUGUUGCCCGUCUAGGCGAACUAAUGCCUAGUCUCUCCGUCUGUUCGCUGAACGGGAAUGCAUUGACGUACUUGAGCGGUGUGCCCAAGGGAGUACGGACGUUGGGAGUUGCGGGCAACCGGCUAACAAGUUUAACCAGUUUCGGACAUCUUGGGGCACUGGAGAGUUUGGAUGUGUGUGGGAAUGAGCUUGAUUCUCUCAGACAACUCUCGUGUCUACGGAAUCUACGCGAACUCAAGGCAGAUGGUAACCGGAUAACUUCGCUGGAAGGGCUGGAAAAGCUGCAGCUUAUCAAACUGAGUCUAGCGGGUAACUGUCUUCGCGGUGUCGUAGACAUCGGGCACUGGGCGAAGCUGGAGGUGAUGAAUCUGAGUGGAAACCAGAUUGAGGGACUACAGCAAGUCGAGAGGCUCACUCAGCUGGUGGUGCUCCAAGUUGAAGACAACCGACUUUCAGAGCUCGAUAUUGGGAGACUUUCUAAAUUGAGGAUCCUUCGUGCGAGCGGGAACCGGAUAAAGAAGGCAGAGGUCGGGGGGCUGGCUGCACUGCGAACUUUGUAUCUCGAUGGCAACUGUCUGAAGACUGGUUGGAGGACUCGAUCGACUUUGUCGCCUGGAGAAGCUCAGCAUUCGGAAUCAAAACGCGAUGUGCCCAAGUCGUUGUUUGCCGAUGAGGCAUGUUACAACUUGAAUUACCUCGAAAUUGCUGGCUGCGCGAUACGGGAGCUGCCGACGAUGUUCGCACAAAUGGUCCCCAACGUUCGAAUUAUCAACCUCAACUAUAACCAGCUGAAGAGCAUCGAACCGUUACGUGGGCUGCGACGCGUAAAGCGACUGUCGGUUGUUGGAUGCCGGCUGGAAACGACACGGGGUAUUGUACGCACGCUUCGGGGGAUGGAGGAACUAGAGGUAGUGGACUGCCGGAUGAAUCCAUGCACGUUGGGGUGGUAUGCGCCAUUGCUGAAAAGCACAGCGGAAGGGUGGGCAGAGCUGGACGCUGGGUUCCGGCGGGGACUACCUGAUUCGGCAUACGUCGGGCGACUUGCAUAUCGGGGACUGGUGAUGGCGGGAUGCGCGGGUGUACGGGUUGUGGACGGGGUGACUGUGUCGGCGAAGGAGCGGGCCAAAGCGUCGGGAGUGCUUCGAUCACUGGGCAAACCGGUUUGA